AACUCACUCCAAGCUAUCUUCAAAAGUUGUGAGCCCUGCGUUAGCUAACAGCAAAUACUUUGUCAGCCGCUAGCCUGAACAAGACUAUUCUACGUUUAGUACAGUAUCUAUUUGGUCUAUUAUUUAUGGUAAAUUCUAUGUUAGCCUGUUACCUAGUUGUUAUUUAACUCUCCAAUUGUUGAUUUGAUAGCAGCUAGCUACAGGAGCUAGUUAUAGUUUCAGUGUAGCUAGCCUAACGUUACUGUUGUUCAGUCACACAGGCUCAGCUAGAAGAAAAUAUGCAGCUAUGUUGUCAUUGACGUUUAUUGCUCUGUUGGGUUUAUUGAGGGUGUCUGUGUCUGGCUUAUAAGCCCAGAGUUCUCUGUAGUUUGUUAGCCAGAGUAGCCUCAAUAGCCAUUUUAACAUGAAGAAGUCAACAAGUGCUAUCAUGAUGCAUACCAUCACUGUUGCUGUAUGCAGCCUAGUGCUGGUUGCUCAAGGGCAGAUGGACGACGACGAAUGGCUUGAUCCGCAUGAUAUGCUGAACUACGAUCCAAGCUCAAAGACCAUGAGAAAGCCUGCUCAACCGGUUGAGCUGAGUAAUUACCCUAAUGUACCCACCAAAAGAAGGGAAUACAGCCAGGACUCAGAUCAAGUGGAAGUAAAGGAGUGCAACAACAAAGUGGAAGGGUUACAAAGAGAGAUUGAAGGGUACAAGAAGAAGAUUACACAUAUUGCACAGCAGCCGUCAUGCAACCCAGUGUUCAAGCGAUUCCUCACCAAGCUUCUGAAGGAGAUUGAAAAAGUUGGCCUGCCCACCGAUCUCAAGAACGAUAUCCACUACGACGCCAAAGUGAGACUUUCUCGGCAAGCAGUGGCGGAGAUCCGGAAGCUUCUGGAGGGAAUGGACACCUGGAGAACGGGGGCUCUGGACGAUGCCCUCAGCCAGAUCCUGGUGGAUCUCAAACCACAUGACUUCGAGGCCUGGAGAUGGCACUUUGAGGACACCUUUGGUGUGGAGAUCGACAUGGUCAUGAAGGUGUCUGUGUGUGUCUUAAUCAUAGUGGUCAUCAUCUGCAGCGAGAUGUGGUCUAUAGUCUCCUGGUUUGUCCAGUUCAAGCGAAUCUUUGCCAUCUGCUUUCUCAUCAGUCUGGUCUGGAAUUGGUUCUAUCUCUACAAGAUUGCCUUUGCCGAGCACCAAAACAAAAUGGUGAAGAUGGAGGGCGUCGACGCAAAAUGCACUGGAAGGAAGAAAAUCGACUGGUGGGAUAACUUGAAGGAUUGGUACAGAGGUGCCAUGACUCUCCAAGACGAUCCCUGUAAGAUGUACUACGAAGUCCUCAUGGUCAACCCCAUCCUUCUCGUACCACCAACUAAGGCUAUCACUAUGACCAUCACCACCUUCUUCACGGAGCCUCUGAAGCACAUUGGUCAGGGGAUCAGCGAGUUCCUACGAGCCCUCCUCAAGGACCUACCAAUCACCUUGCAGAUCCCUGUGCUCCUCACCAUCGUGUUCUCCAUCCUGGUCUUCAUGUACGGCAGCGCCCAGGCUGCCAUCCAGCAUGGCAUCACCAGACCGCUGUGUGUCGGUGGGCCCAGGGACCCCUCUCCCCCAGCCUUGGACCAGCCCAUGCCCAAGGCCCGUCUGAGAGGGACAGACCACGACCCACUGGCAGGGGGGGACGCCCCUCAACGCUCCCCUCCCCCGCUCAGACGCCGACUAGGACCAGCAGCCAACCAGGGGGUUCAGGACCAGGUCAGGAGUCCCCCCCACAGGGCGCGAAAGGAGCCGACCGUGGAGACUCUGAGGAACGCCGACCGGCGGUACAGCGAGGACAAGAUCGUCUCUGAGGGGUGGGAGGAUUUCACUGACGCAGAGGAUACCGACUCUCUACCGUUAGAGGGUAAUACCGACAUCCAGGAAGAGAUACAACAAGAACCAGUGGUAGUUGGAUCCACAACUGAAGGCAAUAACUCGCAAAAAGCUAAACCCUCUCCAGUGAAAGCCAAACCAAAUGAGGUGUACGUGGCGUCUGAAUCUAAGGGGGUAGCUGACAGCCAGGCUGAGAGGCAGCCCUCACCAACUACACAGGGAAUAAUCGGAGUGGUUUGUGUUGACCUCCACUGAGUUAUAGAUGCAAAGGUGUUCCCUUAUGAACCUGGGGGCACUGGGGGCUUAUCAAAAGCAGCCUGUCAUUGUAGGUUUUGAGCAGCUACACUGGAAGCGUAUACUGUAGAUCGCGCCAGCAGAGUGCAAGCCACUCCAGCAAGUGGUCUUGGGUGCGAACUACACAACACAUUCUUGAAACUCGAACCAGAGAGUAAUUUUACGCUUCAGACCCACCCUGCCAGUGUAGCAGGUUUAAUUGACAACAAUGGGAGCGGGUCACUCGCUGCUCAUGCCCGGCCUAAAUAACACAUCCAGUGUAGCAGGUCUGUUAUGCCAAUACAUAGUCUUCAUUCUAAGCGGUAGGCUAAUGGAAAGUAACCUAUAUUUAUGCAUACAUUUUUCAUACUGGCCCCCCAUGGGAAUCGAACCCACAACCCUGGCGUUGCAAGCGCCAUGCUCUACCAACUGAGCUACAGGAGGCCUUGUAUGUUUAAAUGCCAACCACAGCAUCUUACAUGCGUUAAUGGGAUGAUUCAGAUUCUACAUCAAUUGGUAAAUAGUACCUUCUCUUAAAUCAGCUGAUCCAGUGUUUUUAUAAAUUUUUUAUCCCAAUUUUC